AUGCUGCGCAGCAUUGCAGCUCCAGAUAGCUGCGCAGCAUUGGCAGGGCUCCAAGAUGCUGGCCAAGCAUCUGGCAGCCAUCCAGAUGCUGCCAGCAUUGCAGCUCCAGAUUGCUGGCAGCUAUUGCAGCUUCCAGAUGCUGGCAGCAUUGCAGCUCCAGAUGCUGCGCAGAUUGCAGCUCCAGAAUGCUGCCAGCAUUGCAGCUCCAGAUGCUGCCAGCAUUGCAGCUCCAGAAUGCUGCCAGCAUUUGCAGCUCCAGAUGCUGCCAGCAUUGCAGCUCCAAGAUGCUGCGCAGCAUUGCAGCUCCAGAUGCUGCCAGCAUUGCAGCUCCAGAUGCUGCCAGCAUUGCAGAUGCUGCCAGAUGCUGCAAGGGCAUUUAAAGCCGCAGAUGCUGCCAAGCAGUUGAAGGAAGAUGCUGCAAGCAUUAAAGACACAGAUGCUGCAAGCAUUGCAGCUCCAGAUGCUGCAAGCAUUAAAGCCGCAGAUGCUGCAAGCAUGAAGGAAGAUGCUGCAAGCAUUAAAGACACAGAUGCUGCAAGCAUUUCGCAGAUGCUGCCAGAUGCUGCAAGCAUUGCAGCUCCAGAUGCUGCAAGCAUUAAAGCCGCAGAUGCUGCAAGCAUGAAGGAAGAUGCUGCAAGCAUUAAAGGCGCAGAUGCAGUCAGCCUGAAAACUGAGGAAGCUGCCACUGUGCAGGAGACAGGUGUUUCCGGCGAGACAGCAACAGAAUUGGCAAGCAGUGAGGGCGCGGAGGCCGCGAGUCUGAAAGAGGUCGCUAAUUCAUGGGGGCCAGAUGCUGCUAGUAUUAAGGGAGACAGCGUCAGUGUUAAAGAUGGAGAUAGUGUCAGUGUAAAGGGAGACAGCGUCAGUGUUAAAGAGGGAGAUAGUGUCAGUGUAAAGGGAGACAGCGUCAGUGUUAAAGAGGGAGAUAGUGUUAGUGUUAAGGGAGACAGCGUCAGUGUUAAAGAUGGAGAUAGUGUCAGUGUAAAGGGAGACAGCAGGGAGACAGCGUCAGUGAGGGAGACAAGUGUUAAGGGAGACAGCGUCAGUGUUAAGGGAGACAGCGUCAGUGUUAAGGGAGACAGCGUCAGUGUUAAAGGGGCAGAUAGUACCAGUGUAAAGGGAGAUAAUGUCAGUAUAAAAGGAGCAGACAGUGCUAGUAUCAAAGGAGACAGUGCAAGUAUUAACGGGGUAGAUGGCGUUAGUGUCAAAGGAGUAGAUAUCAUCAGUGUUACAGCUGACAGCUUCAGUGUUAAAGGAGACAGCGUCAGUAUCAAAGGCGCGGAUGGAGUCAGUGUCAAACUCGGAGACAGCGUCAGCAUCAAAGGUCUAGAAAGAUACAGCGUCAAGGAAGUGGACAUUUCGAGUAUCAAAGAGAACGGGGAAGCGGAGGAGGACUGGCAUAACUUCAGCUCCACAAUGGCAGCGCACUCCAUCCUCACGUGA